AUGUAGUUGCACCCUCCGUUCUUUCACAAGGAGCAGUUUCUCUCAAAAUGACAGCGCUCUUUGGGUUGAGGACUUAAACACUGGGGCUGAUGGCGGCUUCUUCCUCCUCCUCCUCUUCCUCUUCUGGCGGCGAUCCGGAUCCCAACUCGACAAAUUUACGGCCACCCUCCUCAAACUAUGACUGGAGUGGAGUCGCUCAUGGAUGCACCAGGAAACUUGGAAUGAAGAUAUGCGGAUUUUUGCAGAAGAACAAUAAUGUUGAGGACAAGAGCCGAAUUGUCAGGUUUUUUAACGAGCAGCAGCCCAGGAGCAUUUUAACACGGGACAACGAGCGAGACCCUCGCUUCAGACGCACAGAGACAGACUUCUCCAAUCUAUAUGCAAGAGAUCUGCUUCCUGCUAAAAAUGGUGAGGAGUAUACGAUGCAGUUCCUGUUGGAGGUGGUGGACAUCCUCACGAACUAUGUGCGCAAGACCUUCGACAGAUCCACAAAAGUGCUGGACUUCCAUCAUCCGCACCAGCUGCUGGAGGGAAUGGAGGGCUUCAACUUAGAGCUGUGUGAUCAGCCGGAGAGUCUGGAGCAGAUCCUGGUGGACUGCAGGGACACGCUCAAAUACGGUGUCCGCACAGGUCACCCAAGGUUUUUUAACCAGCUGUCUUCAGGUCUAGACAUCAUUGGUUUAGCUGGCGAGUGGCUGACCUCUACUGCCAACACUAACAUGUUCACAUAUGAGAUUGCACCCGUGUUUGUACUGAUGGAACAGCUCACCCUGAAGAAAAUGCGAGAGAUCAUUGGCUGGCCAAAUGGAGAGGGCGAUGGCAUUUUCUCACCAGGAGGAGCGAUCUCAAACAUGUACAGCGUGAUGGUGGCACGGUACAAACACUACCCUGAGGUUAAAAUCAAAGGCAUGGCAGCGGCUCCCAGACUAGUGCUGUUCACCUCUGAACAUAGUCACUACUCUAUAAAGAAGGCCAGUGCAGUGCUGGGUUUCGGCACAGAGAAUCUGAUCCUGCUGAGGACAGAUGAGAGAGGUAGAGUGAUUCCGGCUGAUCUGGAGGCCAAAGUCAUUGAUGCCAAACAGAAGGGGUUUGUGCCAGUGUUUGUGAAUGCUACAGCUGGAUCUACAGUGUAUGGAGCCUUUGAUCCAAUCAAUGAGAUCGCUGACAUCUGUGAGAAAUACAACAUGUGGCUUCAUGUGGAUGGAGCGUGGGGUGGAGGUUUGCUGAUGUCUAGAAAACACAGACACAAACUGAAUGGCAUUGAGAGAGCAAACUCUGUCACAUGGAACCCACACAAAAUGAUGGGCGUUCCGCUGCAGUGCUCUGCCAUUCUGGUCCGAGAGAAGGGUCUUCUACAGGGCUGCAACUCCAUGUGUGCUGGUUAUCUUUUUCAGCCGGAUAAGCAGUAUGAUGUUACCUAUGACACAGGGGACAAAGCCAUACAGUGUGGCCGUCAUGUAGACAUCUUCAAAUUCUGGCUCAUGUGGAAGUCAAAGGGCACUAUAGGCUUUGAGAAGCACAUUGACAGAUGUCUGGAGCUGUCCGAGUAUCUCUACCACAAGAUAAAGAACCGAGAAGGAUAUGAGAUGGUGUUUCAAGGGGAGCCCCAGCACACCAAUGUGUGUUUCUGGUACAUUCCUCCAAACCUGCGGCUCCUGCCAGAUGGAGAGGAGAAAAGACAACGGCUUCAUAGGGUUGCCCCCAAGAUCAAGGCAAUGAUGAUGGAGUGUGGGACAACAAUGGUGGGCUAUCAGCCUCAAGGCGAUAAGGUCAACUUCUUCAGAAUGGUUGUCUCUAAUCCGGCUGUAACCAGGUCUGACAUUGACUUCCUGAUCGAUGAGAUUGAAAGACUGGGACAGGAUUUAUAGAGCACACAGGUUGGAAAUUCAGUAGAUGUUAGUAAAUUCUGUGCAAGUAUUGGAAAUGGAGAAGACAUUCUGAAGUAUUGUAUCAGCUGGACAUUCCGGAGUAUUAGACCGAUGAGGUGCUCUAGAAUAAUGAACCUCUCAGAUGUUCUAGAAUGUUCCACUAGGAAA